AUGGUUCUGCCUCAUCGAACCGCGGAACUGCUGGAGGCUGAUGAAGCCCAAAGCUUCGUGCAUAAGCUUCAGCUCAGUGUCUCGAAGGGCCUUCCUCAUGCUGUGCCAGUGCCAGGCUUGAGAACAGAAGAACAUGAGCUGGUUAAGGCUGUUUUCCAGGUGCUGCAAGGCUUCGAGACGUCCUGGCUUUAUUGGGACAGUAACAUGCUUCGGUACCGUGAGAAAGCGGGUAUAUAUGUGACUCAUUUGUCACUGACAGGCCUCAGGUCGUUGUUGAGUCCAUUCCUGUUCACGGCAACAUGCUUAAAGCAAGUGGAGCUUUUUGUUGGGAAGGUUAGGACUCGCCGUCACAAGAUUCCUACGUUGGAUGUGUUCGCUAGCUCGGUUGAUUCUUGGCUUAAGAGGCUCCGCGAAGCAGCUCUGAAGGAGGAAGAGAAGCUAUUUGUUUCAGACAACAGGACUAUAACUCUACUGGGGUUAACUGAUUCAUUGUCAAGUUUACGUUCUGGAGCAGAACAUUUGUCUCAAGUUUUGCAUAGAGCUGUGCCAGAUGGCUUUUGGGAUUCUGGUGCACACGUGGCAUCUAGUGAAGUUGCAGUUCAUAUUCUUGACCAUCUCUUCAAGAAGUUAAAUGAAGUAUGUCUUCUGGAAGACGGCGAGGGUGAGCCAUUUCAUAUGCUGCUAGUGAUAUUUACUGGAAGCUUGUUACCUUAUCUUCAGUGUCUAGAUUCCUGGAUAUAUGAUGGUAUCCUUGAUGACCCUUGUGAAGAGAUGUUCUUUUAUGCAAAUAAUGCGGUUACAAUAGAUCAGCCGGCAUUCUGGGAAAUGAGCUAUAUGCUCAGAGUAAGAGGUUCCAGAGUUGACAGUUCAACAACUUUAACUGAUAGCAAAUCUAUCAAGAAAAAGGAAUCAAGCAACCAGGAAUCUAAUACUGCAGGAGCUUGCUUGAAAGUGAACAAUCAAGGUUGUGUGGAUAUAUUAUGCCCGGUAUUCUUGAAGGAUAUUGCAAGGGCCAUUGUAUCUGCUGGAAAAUCCUUUCAACUUGUCCAACACGUUCAAGACGUACAUCAGAUUCAAACUACAAAAAGUGGUCAACAGAAAUUCUGGCCAGAUAUGUCAAGUUUAAGAAUCCACGAUGAUCGUCCAAGAAAUAAAGAUGCUCUUGAAGUAUCCACAAGUCAGUUUGGAAAUGAUUCUCGUGAAAUGGGACUCCUAACCUUGUCUGAAAUUUUCUUGAUAUGCCUAUCUGGUCUGUUAGAAAAUGGUGACCAUGUUUAUGAGUACUUAAGAACACUGCAUGCUGAUAGUGUUCCAAAUAACAAUGCUUUUAUGGAAAAUGGGAGUACUAGCAACUUGAAAGGAACAGAGGAUACAUGUGCAGGGAACAUCACUGAGAAGACUUGGUUAAAGCUCCUAAAGGAUGCUACAUCUGGAAGGCGAUGUGAUGGAACUAGCACUGAUUAUAAGUUUGGUUUCCAGUUCGAUGAUUUGGAAUAUGUCCGCCAAGUAGAUGACAGAAGGACCUUGGAGGACCUUUAUGCAUUUCCAACUCUUCUUCCUUGUGCAAAAGAAAAUGCGCUGCUGUCAGAAAUUUUACCUAUGCAGAAAGAUAGUGCACUAGCAUCAAGAGUUUUGAAGUUUAUUCAGAAUAUGAGUGUGAAAGAUCCUCUCCAGCCAGUGGGUAUCAUCCAAGAAUGCCUUUCCAAAUGCAUAAAUAGACAGGUCGAUCACAUAGGCAAUCAAAUCCUGUCCAAGCUAAUGGGCGAAUGGAGAUUAAUGGAUGAACUGUUUGUUUUACGUGCUAUUUAUUUGCUAGGAUCAGGUGACAUGCUCCAGCAGUUUCUGAUAACAAUUUUUGAUAAGCUUGAUAGAGGGAAUUCCUGGGAUGAUGACUUUGAGUUGAAUAAUUUGUUGCAGGAAUCCAUAAGAAACUCAGCUGACAAAAUGCUCCUGACAGCACCAGAUUCUUUGGUUGUUUCGUUAGCGAAACAUGACACACACAAUGGUGAGGAAGGUCCAUCAACUUCCAAAAAAGGUCGCGCACUUGGUUUUGGCAUUGAUGCCCUUGACAUGCUUAAUUUUACAUAUAAGGUGUCUUGGCCUCUUGAUCUAAUUGUUAAUACAGAGGCACUGAAGAAUUAUAAUCAGGUAAUGGGAUUCUUACUGAAGGUCAAGCGAGCAAAGUUCGUUUUGGAUGAAACCCAAAGUGGAUGUGGAAGAGGCAGGACUACGCAUAAUAUCAAACAACACCUAAUAGUGGCACAGAAGCUCCUCCAUUUUGUCGAUGCAUUUCAUCAGUAUGUCAUGGACCGAGUUUAUCAUAGUGCAUGGACUGAGCUUUGCGAUGGCAUGGCGUCUGCUACUACACUGGAUGAAGUCAUGGAAGUUCAUGAGGCAUAUCUCUCUUCUAUUCAACGACAAUGCUUUGUGGCCUCUGAUAAGUUGUGGGCUCUCAUCGCCAGUCGAGUUAAGACUAUUCUUGGAUUGGCACUGGACUUUCACAAUGUUGAACAAACUCUCAGUACUGGUGGGACAGCUUCAGCUGUGAGGGCACGAUGCGAGAUGGAAACCGACCGGAUUGAGAAGCAAUUUGAUGAGUGUGUCGUAUUUCUCCUGAGGAUCCUAUCUUUCAAGCUUAAUGUGGGCCAUUUUCCCCAUCUUGCCGAUCUAGUUACAAGAAUCAAUUACAAUCACUAUUUCAUGUCUGAUAAUGGGAGCUUCUCUGCUAUUCCUGGGUCCCGGACACGGUAG